UCCAAAACAAUAUGCAGAAGUAAAGAAGAUUUUAGAAACUUGUUUGUUUUGAUAAAAAUAUCACCAAGAAUGAUGUCUUUAUGUACUUUACGAGGCAAUAUCUUCAAAAAUGUUUUUAUAAGGGGAGGGAUUUUAGGAUCUACGGCACUUUACGGAAAGAAGACUGUUUCAACUUUGGGACAAUUGACGAAUGCUUUCGAUUCCCAAGGUACAAAGUUUAUUUUGCCUAAAAUCACAGGUUUAUUUGGGGUGCCUGAACUGUACGAUAGCUCUGGGUUUACUAUACUAUGCGAGAAAGCGUUAAACGAAUCGCAAGUCCUCGUGGAAGAUGCGCUGUGCUUGGCAAACGAGAUAAAAGCUGGAAAGAAAUCUGUUGUGGAUUUAAUAACGAAAUUUGAUCAUUUAUCAAACACUGUUUGUAAUGUUGCUGACUUGGCAGAAUUUGUCAGGCUAACUCAUCCAAACAGUGAAUACCAAAAAUCAGCUGGUGAAGUCAGCCUCGCUAUCAAUGGAUUUGUUGAAAAGUUAAACACUAAUGUUGAGUUGUAUCAUGCCCUAACGAGGUCGUUAGGAAGUGCAAGUAGUUCAGAACUUGAUGAAGAAAGCCGACAUGUUGCAGAUUCCUUGGUAUUUGAUUUUGAACAAAGUGGCAUCCAUUUAGAUGAUUCCAAACGAGCUAAGUUCGUUAAACUUCAAGAUCGCGUCUUGCGUCUUGGGAGUCAAUUUGUUGCAGGCACGUCAGCACCUACGUUUUUCCCAAAGAAGUUUUGGCCAAAUGACGUUAGACAUGGUUUUCAAUCUGACGAUGAAUAUAUCCAAAUAGAUGGUCUCUGCUAUGAUUCCCCUGAUCCAAAACUGAGAGAGAUUGUAUACAAGGCCUACAUGCUUUCAAAUCCGGCACAGUUGACCAUUUUGGAUGAUCUGCUUGAAGCUAGACAUGAUCUAGCUAAGCUGGUUGGUUUCCCCUCAUUUCUGAGCCGAUCUUUACGAGGAACCAUGGCUGACACACCUGAAACUGUUCAGGAGUUCUUAACAAUUUUAGCCGAAAGGAUCCAUCCUUUAAUAAGCAAGGAUAAUGAGCUGUUGAUGAACAUAAAGCAAGAUCGCAACAAUAAUAAUGUUGCUAUCAUGCCCUGGGACAUACAAUAUUACACUGGUCUUGCCAAAGCACAGUCGUUGCAAAAUUUCCCAGUAACUCUGAGCGAGUAUUUCUCAUUAGGGACUUGUAUGGAAGGUUUAAAUGUGAUAUUUGAGAAUCUUUAUGGUAUCACUCUUGAGCCUACGGAACCUGAUCCGGGAGAGGUUUGGCAUCCUUCGGUUGUAAAGUUGACUGUGAAACACGAAAAUGAAGGAAUUCUCGGAUACAUAUAUUGUGAUCUUUACUAUCGAGAGAAUAAAGUUCAACAGGACUGCCAUUUUACAAUCAGAGGUGGUUGUCAACUUCCUGAUGGUUCGUAUCAGCUUCCAGUGGUCGCUAUUGUUUGCAACUUUCCUGUGCCGCAACAACCGAAAGCAACAUUGCUAACACAUGGUAUGAUUGAAAAUCUCUACCAUGAGAUGGGUCAUGCGAUGCACUCCAUGCUUGGUAGAACAAAGUACCAGCAUGUUACCGGCACCAGAAUGACCACAGACUUGGUUGAAGUACCAUCAAUCUUGAUGGAAUACUAUGUCUGGGACCCCACCAUACUAGGCAAAGUCGGUCGGCAUUAUCGUUCUGGUAAAAAACUCCCAGAUGAGGCUGUCAAAAAGUUUUGUCAAUUGCGAAAUUCAUUCUCAUCGCUUGAGAUGCAAACCCAAGUGUUCUACUCCAUGGUGGAUCAAACCUACCAUGGUAAACACCCUCUUGGUAAAACAACCACAGAAAUUUUGAAGGAUUUGCAGACAAAGUACAUGUCGACACCAUAUAUUGAAGGAACAUCCUGGCAGCAAAGAUUUUCCCAUCUUCAUGGUGGGUAUGCUGGAAGAUAUUACUCUUAUUUAUGGUGUCGAGCCGUCGCUUCCCGUAUCUGGAGGAAAUGGUUUGUUGCUGAUCCUUUGUCGAGAGAGGCUGGGGAGAGAUUCAGAAACACGUUCCUCAAAUACGGCGGUGGACGGGAACCGCGGAAACUGGUUGAAGAUAUGUUGGGGCAAGAGAUUUCGGUGAACGAUCUGGUUCGAGCGUUAGAGAACGAAUUGCAUGCGAUUGAAUAAGUGUUUGAUAACUCAUCAAAUCCUACUUAUUUUGAAACAAGAGUUCGUGGUAAACAUUGCUAGUGUCUACAUGUACAUAUUUGUAGAGUAAACUUUUUUAUCAAUAUAUUUAUAUGUUUUAUUGUAACUUUGAUAA